AUGAGUACUAAAAAUGGCAAGGUUAUACAUUUGUUUCCAGUGUAUGCUCAGAAGUUUAGUGAAAAUGUAUCAUCGGCUCUCCUGUCUCGUGCAUUUGGGAUGAAUGCACAUAUGAGAAUGGCUUAUCUUAAAGCAUUCAUGAGGUUGCGAACAAAAGGUCUCAUUACCUUACAGCAAGCUGUUGAUGUUGGCUUUCGACUUCACCGAUGUCAUGACAAACAGCUUCGGAGAUUGCUGCGUGGGUUCAUCAUUGGCGAUAUGAAGCGUACAAAUCUUAAAAACAAGUCUUCAAAAGUCAACACGUUGAUUCAGACGUUCCUUGCGAAGUCCGUAAAUGACAGUAAUAUGGCUGUGGCAAAAGAGGCAGUGAUUCUUCUCGUUGAGCUAUAUAGAAGGAACGUGUGGAAAGAUGAGAAGACAGUUAACAUGAUUGCUGAUGCGUGCCUAGCAAAAUCCAAGAAAGUAUUCUCUAAGGCAGUCCGAUUCUUUCUCGGUCACAAUGAAAAAUCGGCAGAACAAGAUAGUAGUAGUGACAGUGACGAUAAUGUUGACAUGAAUACAAGAAUCAAGCAGAUGAAAUUGGGCCAUCGUGUUGGAAUCAAAUCAAAAAAGCGAGCGAAACGUCUUGAUCGUUCCAUAGAAAAUUUAAGACGGAAGAACGAACGGAAGAAGAAGGAGCAAAUGCCAACUGGCAUCAAUGUGCCUGCUCUUAAUCUCAUCUACGAUCCUCAAACCUUCGCUGAACGAUUAUUUCACAAAUUGGAAAAAUGUAACGAUCGCCUCGAAAUUCGACUGCUUUUGCUUGAACUAAUCAGUCAUCUUAUCGAAAUCACACGUCUUCUAUUGUUCGCCGCGCAAGCCAGCCACGAUCAGGUUCCGCCAGACGCCAUUCUUCCUCUAGUUCGUACAAUCACCGAUAACUUUGUGACGGACCGCGCAUCAGCUGAAGCAAUAACCGUGGGCCUUAAUACAAUUCGUGAGAUAUGCGCACGCUGUCCGUACGCUGUUGAUGAGGACUUACUUUCCGAUUUGGUUGAGUACAAGUCCUACCGCAACAAAAAUGUUGUUGCUGCUGCGAGGUCUCUAAUCCGGCUUUAUAGGCAGAUAAAUCCUUCGCUCUUACCCAAAAAAGAGGUUGGGCGACCAACGGAGGCUGUUAAGGAGGCCCUGGUGGACGACACUGACACAUUGGCGGCAACUUGCGGACCCUCACGGGUUUUCGGUAAAGCGCCCGUGGCCACGGGGAUCGCUGGGGCUGAGGUGCUCACCGAAGAAAACCGGCAGACGACAACGGAACAGGGCGAUUCCAGGAGAAAGAAAAAGCCACGUAGAAGCAAGGACAAAGACUUGGGCGACGACGAUGAUGAUGAUGAUGAUAACGAAGGUAGCGAACAUGGUAGUGAGGAAGAGAUGGAGGUGGAUGAGGGCGCUCCUGAUUCACCUGAAAGCCGCCCCCAAGACUCAAAGGACGAAUCUGCAGUGCCUAAUGCGAAAGAAAAGCUCGUUGACGACAUAAUUUCAACUCGUGUCCUCACCGAAGAGGAUUUCGAGGCGAUUCGCAGGCGGCAGGCAGAAAAACAGGCGCGCUUCGCGACCACCGGAGGCCGCAAAAGGAAACGCGGCGGUAAUGUCGAGGUGGAGGAAUUAGCACUCGAUGAGGACGUGCUAGGCAGUGAUGAGGACGCUGACAGCGACAAAGAAGGCGCCACGGAGGAGGCGCAUGGCUUGGUGUCGAUGCGGAACAUCACAAAACUCGUCAAGCGGGCCCACUCCACCAAGGCCGACCGCUUGGACUCCAUUGUCGAGGGUCGGGAGGGCCGGAAGAAGUACGGAUUUCAGGUGAACCGAAUGAACCCCCACGCGAGCACAACGAAUCGGGAGAAGCGGAAAAAUAAAACCUUCCAGAUGAUAAAGCACAAAGUCCGAAGGAAGGCCAAACGCAGUUUCCGCGAAAAACAGUCUGCUCUAAGAGACCACUUAAAGAAACUAAGCAAAAGCAUGCGGCAUUGA